AUGUGGAGAAGUAUGCUGAGAUUGGUUUCGCCGCCGUUGCGCAGGACCUCCGCGGCGGGCCUUGUACGCCACCAUCACACAAUCCGGUCUACACAGAUGCUGAUGGACUUUAUCAAUGGUAGGACGGCGAAAGACGAGCCAAAAGGUCCGUUUUCAGAGACCCCACGGAGCGUUUCUGCCAUACUCGAGUCGAAGUACUCCUCGUCGCCGUACUAUCGAAUAGGCGCGUCCCUGGCCUCCAGCUCCUCGGGCAGCAUCCAAGACACUCUGCUAAGUCUAACCCAUGCCUCAGACAAUACAGGAUACCACAAAAACUUGCAAAAGCUGACGGACGAGGAGUCUGUUCUGAGUCUGCUGCUUCAUUGCAUGAUUUCUGCUGUCGAUCCCCGGUACAAAAACGCGCCUGCAGAGACACUGGCGCUCUCAUUUCGGGGUGGAGUCCGGCCCGUGCCGCUAUCGGUGGCAAAAUCUACUCUGGAAGCGUUUGUUUUCCGCCAACACUGGCCCGCCAUCAGCUCCAGCGAGUCGACGCUGAUCGCGUUCCAGCUGCUAAAGCAGAAACUCAACCAGACAAGGGGCUGGCAGACUGCCGCUCAGUCUGACGACGAUGUGCUGAACUGGAUAAACAGCAUAUUUGCGCCCACUCUGUACCGCUCCGUGUACGCUCUGAAAAACGCAUCCAAAGUGCCUGUCCCGGUGAUAUACGACAUUCUGCUCCGCCAGCCGCAAAACAGGCAGGAGUUCUACUCGCUGCUCGAGCUCUACAGGCACUGGGGGCAAGAUGUGGCUCUUCUGGACCAGGAAAAGUGGUGGUACUGCAGCCAGUUGCAGGAACCUACAGAUCCUCUGUUUAACCGGAAACUGCUGCUGCCGCCGGCAUUUUCAAACCUCUACUUGUUUGCGCUCCGCGAGGCACCGGACGCGCUUGAGACCAUACUGGACGUCUUUCUUUUGAGCAACUCGCCCGAGCUUGUCCCGCAAAUUAGGGAAAUCCUAUGGCGGACCGCCCUGGACGUAUCCGGCGAAAAUAAUGGCUGGCCCUGCAAACACUACUACGCAGCGCAGUCGAAGCUGAUCGCGGCGAUCAACAAGGCGAACAGAGAAUCAGAGAGCGAUCUGAUCGAUUGCAACAUCAUGCUUGCUGCGUCGGUGGUCUCGUACUUUAGCGACCGCGAUAAAGCUUACCAGCUAUUCAAGGCAGCACAGGCCAAAUUCGACCGGUGGCAGCUGGACUCGUUUGACAUCGACGGAUUCGAGCGCGUGCUGAGCCAGCCGAGGUCGUCGCCGUCGCACACAAUCGAGGAACUGCGCAGGCUGCGCACGGACUUCAACGUCAAGUCGCUCUGCACGUCCAUUCUUCUUAUCCAAGCCCAGGAUGGACGGUACUGGGGCAGCGAGUUCGCCGACCAGCUCGUCUCUCUCAUGGCGUCGCUUGACAGCAAGCUGAGAGACCGGUAUCCGGAGAUAUGGCUUUUUGUCAUCUACAAGAUCUUCACCACAAAUGUGUCUCUCAACCGUCACCAAAAAAUAUGGAACCAUUUUGCUGCGAGAGGGAGCUCUGACCCGAACCCCAGAGCAGUGGACAUACUCAUAGACAACAUACCGUCGCGAAGCAGCGUGGAGCAACUGCUGGAGGCCGGCGAUUUUGCUCUGGACAACAUCAACCUUGCUCACUUUGUUGCUAAGCUGUAUCUUUUCAGUAAGUUGCGUGUGCCUCGGAGAAAAGUCGGACCAGUUCGAGAGAAGAAUUUAGUCGACCGCUACGAGCGUGAGUGCGAUACCAUAAUCGAGGAGCGUGCUUCGCGCCAGAAUCUGUCGGUUGGGGUAUUUGAAACGCCUGUCGAGCUGGCGCGCGCACUUUUCGAGCAGGACCACAGCUCGCGGCAAAUGGUAGCCAAGCACCUAGUGGGCGAGUGUCUGAUCGAUCCUGCCGGCGCCCACACCAGAUAUCAACAAUUCCUUGACGACAACAGUCCGCUUGCCCUGUCGUCGCUGUUUCUGGCCGCGCUAAGGCUUCGCGAGCUGCGAACCUACGACUCCGUUGUCUGGGACGAUAAAACACCUCUAGAUUUUGCUAUACAAGAGUUCGACCUCAGAACCAACCGCGCGUACAAGGACAACCCCGAUCUGAUGUACCCUACAGAGAAUCUUCUGCUGGUUUAUAUAAAAGCCUUGGGCGAGUUUGAAAGGCGCGCCGAGCUCACAUCGCUAAUAUGGAGACUGGUGGAUCUGCGGUUUCCAAUGAUUGCGGAGCUGUUCGAAGCGUAUCUCUCAUACUUUUCUGAAAGUGAUGCCAAACAGCUGGUCCACGGACUCAAUCAGUAUGCUGAGUAUAGGGCGUCACUGGCUGACGUACGCACAGAAGGGGAGUUGGCGAGACUGAAGCAAAGCCGCCCUGUCGAAUUCAGCGACGGCAGUUUCUCCAAGUUCCUCGAUGCACUGGAUAUUAACUGGGACAUUAUAAAAUGGUGGGAGUGGCCAGAAAAAAGUCAAACCUGA